CAUUUCCUGUUAUGUCUGUGCCGCACACACACACACACACACACACACCUCCAGCACUUUUCCUGCUUCCCACCCGUCUGCGUCUGCUGGGCCGCUUUAGUCAAACACAAUGGAGAAAACAAGCGAGUUAAAAAUGUGCCUGGAGUCCUCACUGAACCGGAUUUUUCAAGCGACGGUGAACGACAUUCUGGACUCGGUGGAGCGGACCCUCUCUGAGUACCAGGGGGCCAUUCAGACGAUCCAGGCCGAGAAUGAAGGCCUGAAGCGGCUGCUGUUUGCACAGAGGAGCGCAGAGUCUGACCGCAGAGAUGGAUGUGAGGAAGAUUCUGCCUCCGAUUUUAACAGUUGUCCUUCUACCUCCACCCACACCAAGUUUAAGGUGUCCAUAUGCAGCAGCGACAAGAAAGGCUUAAGGAAGAGGCGUAAGAGCAACCUGAAGGAGAGAGCAUUCUCUGCUCCAUUUUCUCUGGAGACAGAUCAAAUAGAAGAACAGUCAUCUGUUGACAGGUCCGUAGGGAUCUCAGUUCCUGUGAAAAUAGAGCCUGGUUUGGAGGAAAGUGGUGCCGUCGACCUCUCCCAGGCUUCUCUGACGGCAAACCUGGUAAAGAAUGAGGCCUCAGAGGUUUCCAGUGAUUCGUUCACAGAUAAGGAACAGCUGCAUCCUUCAAGCCCUGACCAAAGAGGCAGUGAGUGCAGCGUUAAAGUCACCGUUGUUUCCAGUCGCUGCACACAGGAGGGACAUCUCAUCAAGGUUGAGAAAGAGGAGGACACUGACGGUGAAAGUUUGACUCACCCAGAGUUGAAGUAUGAACUGAAAUAUCAGGAGUCAGAGUCGGACCAGAGAUGGAUGGAGGGAGCGCCCAUGCAGGAUACGGAGCAAGAAGAAAUAAGUUUGGAGCAAAGUGAUUCACCUGUUGUUGCUGAAGACGAGACCCAAGAACAAAGUGUCAACCUUUUACGCUGCCCAAUCUGUCCGGAGACAUUCAGCAAAGCAGCUUUGCUCAAUCUUCACAUCAAAGUUCACAACAAUAGUAAAGAUCACAACUGCAACCUUUGUGGGAAACACUAUAAGCGUGCCGACCUCCUCUUAUCCCACCUGCGCAUUCACACAGGAGAAAGACCGUUCGGCUGCAACGUCUGCAGCAAGACCUACGCCCACCCCAGCCAGCUCAGGGUGCACAGGCGGGUCCACACGGGCGAGAAGCCCUACACCUGCUCGUACUGCGGGAAGCGCUUCAACGAGAACAACCAGCUUAAGGUCCACCUGAGGACUCACACCGGGGAGAAGCCAUACGGUUGCCGGCAGUGUGGCAAAACAUUCCGAAACGUCGGAAACCUGCGGAUGCACGAGAGGAUCCACACGGGCGAGCGGCCCUACGGCUGCGCUCAGUGCUGCAAGAGGUUCAACAGCCUCGGCGACCUCAAGACGCAUUAUAGGAGCCACACAGGGGAGAGGCCGUACAGCUGUGAGCUGUGCAGAAAGACCUUCAGUCAGACCGGACACCUCAAGAUCCACAUGCGGAUGCACACAGGAGAACGGCCGUACGGCUGCGACGAGUGCGGCAAGAAAUUCACGGUGGCCAGCAGCCUGAAGCUGCACCAGAAGACUCACACGGGGGAGAAGGAGUACAGCUGCGCGUCCUGUGGGAAAAGCUUCAGGAGGUCCUGUCAUCUGAAGAGGCACGAGCUGGUGCACACCAAGGAGAAGCUUUUCUGCUGCGGUCAGUGCGGGAAGGCCUACGCCGAUAAUUCCAGCUUGAGGAAGCACCUCAAGAUUCACGCGUCGCAGGAGCGCACCCUGCAGAGCGCAGGAACUACGAGUGAGGCUGGAGUCUCUGCAUCUGCGACGCUUCAAGACAUGACAGAAACUUAAACUAGUUGGCCUAAAAGUACAGCGGCAUAUCAGGGCCACUGUACAGAGAGACAAAAAGGAAUAAAUGUAGUCUCAGAAAAAUUCUAGAAGUCCAAAAUUUGCCAAAAUAAAAAUAUCUAGAAAGAAAA